AUGAACAAUACCAGAUUUUCUUUUCGAUUUUUACGCCCGCUACUCUCGCACAAUACUCGCACAAACAUGUCUGCACAGGCCGGAAACAUGGAGAAAAUGUCCAACACCCUCAGCGGCAGCUUCUCUGAAGCGGACAAGCACGAGAACACGUGGGUGCGCACCAGCAAGACCAUCAUCGCCAAGCUCGCGGCGCCCCUGCUGCCCAAGAUGGGCCUGACGGCGGACCGCACGGCGCCGGUGACGCUGCUAGACAAUGCCGCCGGCGCGGGCGUCAUGGCGCAGGAGGUCAACAGGACGCUGCCGCGGACGACGCUGCAGGCCGGGUCAAUUCUGGCGACGGACUUUUCCGAGGCGCUGGUCGGCAUCACGCAGGAGCGCAUCAAGACGGAGGGCUGGAUCAACACGGAGGCACGCGUCGCCGACGCACAGGAUACAAAGCUGCCGGACAACACAUAUAGUCACGUUUCCAUCUUGCUUGGCUUGCAUAUAAUUCCCAACCCGGAUGCUGCCGUAAAAGAGGCGAUUCGCGUCCUCAAGCCCGGCGGCGUCUUUGGCGCCACGACGUUCCCGACGCACACGGAGAACAAAUUCUGGUUCGCCGAUGUCAAGACAGCCUUUGAUGCCAUGCCGUUUGACGCGCCGUUGCCGGACAAGAUGCCCAUGCAGAUGCACGACUCGGGCACAUGGUACGAGCCGGCGUGGGUGGCGACGCACCUGGAGAGCCUGGGGCUCAAGGACGUCAAGGUCAAUGUGCAGGGCGACUCGUACUACAUCCGCAGCGCCGACGAGUUCAUCGACAUGUUUGGCAUGAUGCUGGGCUUCGUGACCAAGAUGUUCUGGAGCGAGGAGCAGCUGGCGGCGCACUCGGCGGACGAGGUCAAGGCGCUGGUGCACAAGCACCUGGUGGAAAAGCACAAGGGGCAAGGGUGGGAGGUCAAGUGGGAUGUCAUUUACAUGACGGGACGGGUGGAUAAAUGA